AAAUAUCUCUGCAUCUAAGGCAAAUGAUAAAAUUUCUGUCAUAACCUUUUUCGCGGGACGGAUGAAGAUCUGCAAAAAAAAUCUUCAUUAGGAGUUUUUUUCCAUGUUCUUUGGAUUUCAAGAUAUUCCCCGAAACAACCGGAGAUUUCACAACGUGUGAGGACAUUGAACGAGACGGCGUUAAUGACGAGAAUGUGACGUUAAUUUGCUGUUGGAACUAAAGAAAUUCAGAGGUCUCGAGUGUGUGUCAAAAGCUGAGGCACGUAAUCAAAGUUGUAAACUGCCUGAGGGACUUUUUGGACAAGAUGGCAUCGAAAGGACGAGUAAUAACUGGAAAUGACACCCUUGAUGGCAAGAUCAAUGAAUACUUCGAGUGGUAUAAGGAUCUGAAGUCAGAGGAUGAGAUUCACGAGAUUGUGAAGUCAAAGGACGUAGGGGUGCUAUCAGAACUGUUUUUGAAAAGAUUGCAAUUCGGCACAGCUGGUCUGCGAGGCCGGAUGGGCCCUGGCUACAGUCAGCUGAACGAUUUGGUGAUCAUUCAGACUGGCCAGGGACUGCUUCAGUACUUGAUUAAUGGUGGCGAGGGCUUCAAAGAGAAGGGAAUCGUUAUUGGAUACGAUGGGAGGCACAACAGCCACAGAUUUGCUGAAUUGACGGCCACCAUAUUCAUCAACAGCGGCGUCAAAGUAUACAUGUACUCAAAAGUCUGUCCAACUCCAUUCGUCCCCUUUGCAGUGAUGAAGUACAAGUGCGCUGCUGGAAUAAUGAUAACAGCUUCUCACAACCCCAAAGAGGACAAUGGGUACAAAGUCUACUGGGAGAAUGGUGCCCAGAUCAUUCCCCCACACGACAAAGAGAUUCAGAAGUCGAUUUUAGAUAAUCUCGAGCCCUCCCUCACCUCCUGGGACGUGUCUGUACUUAAUGCAGCUGGCUCUCUUUGCAAGGAUCCUCUCGGGGAGGUUAUGGAGGACUACUUCAGGAUUAUCAAGAAUGAUACUGUCUAUCCCGAGACCAAUAAGAGUACAAUAUUGAAAUUUACGUACACUGCUAUGCAUGGAGUGGGAUAUGAAUACAUGAAGGAGGCAUUUCGGGUUGCUAAUUUCAAGCCAUUUGUGGUUGUCGAAGAGCAAAGAGAUCCAGAUCCAGACUUCCCCACAGUAAAAUUCCCGAAUCCAGAAGAAGGAAAAAGUGCUCUCGACCUCAGCAUCAAGACAGCUGAUGCCAACAAAUCGACCAUAGUCCUGGCCAACGACCCUGAUGCUGAUAGACUAGGCUGUGCGGUUAGAACCAAAGACGGGGACUGGAGGAUUCUCAAUGGAAAUGAAAUCGGAGCCCUACUGGCUUGGUGGAUGUUGCACUUGCAUCGAGUGAGUCAUCCUGAUGAUAAUCCUGCUGAUGCCUAUAUGCUUGCGUCCACAGUGUCCAGUAAGAUUCUUGCCUCCAUGGCGAAGAAAGAAGGAUUCCAGUUCGAGGAAACACUGACUGGGUUCAAAUGGAUGGGAAACAGAUGUGUCAAAUUGUUGGAAGAGAAAAAACACGUACUUUUUGCUUAUGAAGAAGCCAUCGGUUUUAUGUGUGGCUCUAGUGUCCUCGAUAAGGAUGGAAUUAGCGCAGGGAUUAGACUCGCUGAGUUGACCACGUAUUUAGAGACUAUGGGCCUCACGCUUUUAGAUAAAUUAGAGGAGAUCUACAAGAUCUACGGGCACCACAUCAGUGACAACUCCUACUGGAUCUGCCACAACCAGGAGACAAUAAAGAAAAUUUUCGAGAGACUGAGAAAUUUCGCUGGUCAGCAAAACACAUAUCCAACAAGCAUCGCCGGUGGAAAAUAUUCGAUAAUUGCAGUUCGCGAUUUAACGACUGGUUAUGAUAGCACAAAACCCGACAACAAGGCUGUACUACCUACGUCAAAGUCCAGCCAAAUGAUAACGUUCACCUUUGAUAAUGGCCUCGUCAGUACUCUGAGAACCAGUGGAACAGAACCCAAAAUUAAAUACUACAAUGAAUUGUGUGCUUCCCCCGAACAACAGAACAUUGAUACCCUAAAGAACAUUCUCGCAGAGAUGGUUUCAGCGAUAGUCGAGGAAUUCCUGAUGCCUAAGGCUAAUUCACUGAUUCCACGCUCAUCGUAAAUUCUCCAGAAUAUAUUCUUGAUAUUUUUCGCAUGCAACGACAGACAAUAUAAACAAAGGAGUAAAACCCAACGAAAAGAGCUCAAUAUGAAAGACUAGUUACAUUCAAUAGGUUUCUUCCUAAUACAAAAUGACAUUUUCAAAACUUCCUACAUUUUCAAAUAGAAACAUUAUAAUGUAAAAUAAAUGAUAAGAUAAAAAAAAAUAAAAAA